GAGAAAGAGAAAAGCCCUCUGAAUGUGAAGAGAUGCAUUCCGUCCGAGAGCUUCAGUUUUUCGACGGCUAAUGGCACCGCAUGGUCCCCUCAUCGAAGACUCAACGCUGGAGGAGAAGAGAUUGUGCGGCGCUCCAUAGGUUUGAAACCCGCUGUCAGGAAUUUGUUGUUAUUGACAUCCUUUUCUGGCGGUCAUCGUUUAGCUUGAAGCACUGAACCUCAGAAUGGUGAGAGCUCCUUCGUCUAUCAUAAGCUUCAUCCGCCAUAGCUCUGCUGGUGCUCGCCUGGAUCCAGCUGGCCAAUUGCGAAAUCUCGCCACUGAGAGCAAAGACGGGGAUUGUGGUGGGAAUUAUAGGGACGUCAUCCAUGAAAUUUGUUUGAUUACUCGAAGAAGGCCCAGAUGGGAGCACACUCUUCUCUCCGAAUUCCCUUCUUUAAAUUUCUCCGAUCCCUGUCUUUUCCAGGCAUAUUUAAAGCACCAGAAUAAUGCCUUUCUCUCCCUGCGUUUCUUCAACUGGCUUUGCUCUCAUGGUGGUUUCUCGCCCGACCAAUCAUCUUGUAAUGCCCUUUUUGAUGUCCUUGUGGACGCUAAGGCAUGCAACGCAGCAAAAUCCUUACUUGACUGUGCUGGAUUUACUCCCGAGCCUUCAUCUUUGGAGUGUUACAUCCGACGUCUUAGCCGUGGUGGAAUGGUCGAGGAGGCAGUUAACAUAUUUGGGAAGUUGAAAAAUGUUGGAUUUUGCCCAUCCGUUGCAACUUGGAAUGCAUCUCUAUCUGCUUGUUUAAAGGCUGGGAGGACUGAUUUAGUUUGGACACUGUAUGAACAGAUGAUGGUUUCCGAUGUUAUUGCAAACAUUGAUGUUGAAACUAUUGGUUAUCUAAUUCAAGCCUAUUGCGAUGAUAACAAAGUUUCUGAAGGCUAUCAACUUCUUCGACAGAUUCUGGAAGAUGGGUUGUGCCCUGACAAUGUUGUUUUCAACACACUUAUAUCUGGGUUCUGUAAGGAUGAGCAGCAUGCCCGAGUAUCUGAACUUCUACACAUUAUGAUUGCAAAAGGGCGUAGUCCUGAUAUCUUUACGUACCAGGAAAUCAUAAAUGGACUAUUGAAGGGAAGAAAGAACAUUGAAGGUUUCCGGAUUUUUAAUGAUCUCAAGGACAGAGGGUACUUCCCUGAUAGGGUCAUGUACACAACAAUAAUUAAAGGCCUUUGUGACAUGGGAUGGCUUGGAGAGGCCAGGAAGCUGUGGUUUGAGAUGAUUCGAAAGGGACUUCUUCCAAAUGAAUAUACCUAUAGUGUAAUGAUAAAUAAGUAUUGUCGAAUUGGCGAUUUUGAUGAGGCCAGAAAGCUCUACAAGGAGAUGUGUGAUAAAGGUUAUGAAGAAACCACAGUAACCUGCAACACAAUGAUUUCGGGCUUGUGUUUUCAUGGAAGGACAGAUGAAGCUCAGAGAUUGUUUGAAGAAAUGUCUCAGAAGGGCAUUGUUUGUGAUAUUAUCACAUACAACUCUCUCAUUAGUGGCCUUUUCAAGAAAGGGAAGCUAGCUGAGGCUAAACAACUAUUUAACGAACUCUUGGCAAAGGGCCUAGAGCCGUCAACUUCCUCUAUUACCACCCUAAUCAAACGACUUUGUGAAGUUGGAGACACCCAGGAGGCAAUAAGGUUUUGGAAAGAUAUGGUUUGCAGAAAUUGGGAACCUACGGUCAGUACAUAUGAUUAUAUUGUAACUGGAUUAUGUGAACAGGGAUAUUUUACGGAAGCUAUGGAAUGGUUGUUAGAGAUGCUGAAUAGGAAGCUGAAACCACAGAAGCAGACUUUUGAAAUCCUGAUUCAAUGUCUUUUAAAGAAAGAUAAGUUAGAUAACGUCUUUGUUGUUUUAGAUCAAACGCUUACAAUAGGAUAUACACUACAAAAAAACAUGAUAGAGUCUUUAGUGCGGAAAUUUGGCGGGAAAAACUUCAAUUUUGCUGAAACAUGUUUGGAGAGGAUCUUAGACAGAAAUUUAUAGAUCUGGCAUUUUUGUGUUAUAAUCAUCUUGAAACUUCCCCCUGUGCAUUUGUUUAGUUUAUCAUGAAAUAGUGAUUAGUACUGCUGGAAGGAGAAAUUGCUUUUGUAAUAAGAAUUAGACUUCCUUGUAAAAGUUUAUUCUGUCCUUUUUUCCUCCCCCAUUUUUUUUAUUUUUUUCAACGCUUUAAUUCUGUGUUCAAAAUGCUGAGCAGAGCCCUUGGUCUUGUGUAUCAUGAGUUCUUUUCUUUUUUCCUAUAAUAAAUCGUUUGUCAUAAGCAUCUAAUUUUUA